AUGAGUGUCGAGUUCCGAUCGGUGUCUACGACAUCCAACUUUCUGCUCAAUCUGCUGCUGACCAGCAUUACCAGAGUGGCGCUGGCUCCACUCAAUCAUUCGUUCAACAAACAACUGUUGGCACUGGACCAUCUUUACUUCCAAUGUCUUCUGUUGAAAAAACGGUUGGAGCUGAUCGAAGGGAUGGCCCCGUUCAUGAAUUUGGCUUUUAAUGCUGCUGAAGGAUGUGCCGAACAGCAAGCCUUGGCCUUACUGCAGCAAAUGCAACAAGAGUCUCAUCGCAUCGAAGAGGGGUUUGAAGGUGCUUUGGGCUUUGGGCUUUCAGGAGGUCAAACCGGAGCCGGGUUUAAAUCCCGCAACCACAUUUUUACGUUUACCGCGGGGGUGUUGCCGGCCAACAUCAGCGUGGAUCCUGCCACCCAGUUGUGGAAAUUAUUUCAACAAGGAGCGCCCCUUUGUCUCAUCUUUAACACCAUCUAUCCUAAGCACCAGAUCCAGGUGAUCGGGCUGGAUGAUUUGCGUAUUUGCAAAAAGCUGGUGUACGAUUUCUUGAUUGCAGUCAAGACUCAUCUUCAAUUUGAUGAUGACUUAAUGUUCACGAUUUCUAACGUGUUCAGUGAUGAUACCCAAGACUUGUGCAGAAUUAUAAAAGUGGUUAACAAGUUAUUACUGCUUCUGGAGGUUGACGCGGUGGCACAAAUGAUCGGCGAUAUCCAAAUUAACGACGACCGUUCCAAAGUGUUCCGUGAGAUUAUCGAGACCGAACGCAAAUACGUGCAAGACCUUGAGACUUUGCAAGCAUACCGAACCGACCUAGUCAACGCUCAACUUUUCUCACUGGAGCAAAUUCAUACCCUUUUCCCAAACCUCAACGAGAUCAUUGACUUUCAACGGCGGUUUUUAAUGGGUCUUGAAUGUAACAUCAAUGUCCCUGACAAAUACCAACGCAUUGGUCUGGUGUUUAUUCAUGCAGCUCUGGGUCCAUUCAAGCUGUACGAACCGUGGACUAUUGGCCAAUUGGCUGCUAUUGAAUUGAUUAAUAAAGAGGCGGGUAACUUGAGAAAGCUGCUGCAAUUAUUGGACCCCGGGUUUGAGUUGCAGCUGUUCUUACUCAAGCCAAUUCAACGGUUGUGCAAGUAUCCUUUACUUUUGAAAGAGCUCAUCAAGGCUGGACCCGACGAACCGCUUUCAAAUGAGCUUAAAUUGGCAUUAACGGCGAUGAAAGAGCUUGCUAAUGAUGUCAAUGAAGCUCAAAGACGCGCGGAGAACGUCGAAUACCUCCAAAAGCUUGUCGCUCGUGUUCAAGAUUGGAAAGGUUUCAACUUAAAGGAUCAAGGCGAACUUCUCUACCAUGGGGUUGUUGGUGUGAGGGAUGUUGAAAAUGAAAAGGAGUACGUUGCCUAUUUAUUCGAAAAAAUCAUUUUCUUCUUUACUGAGGUCGAUGCUCGACCCGAUAAAGAAAAGAAGAAGAACUUGUUGGGUAACCGAAAGAAGAGCACGUCGCUGCUGUCACUGGUGAACUUGUUGGAAACGACGAGCGACAAAACUCCGCUUGUGCUUAAGGGCAGAGUUUACAUUUCUGAAGUUUACAACAUUUCUCUGUCAAACACUCCAACUGGGUACACGUUAGUGAUCUCGUGGCUGGGUAAGAAGGAGCUGGGCAGCUUCACGUUGAGAUACCGUACAGAAGAGUUCCGGAAUCAAUGGGAACUGUGUUUGAGAAACUUGAAGACCUCAGAGAUGAACUAUCACAUUCAACGUCGUUUACGCGACCUGCAAGGCUCACAAGUGACUAAUGAUCUGUUGUACGAUGUGGCUGCGGCGUAUUGCACAACUCCUCUGACAGACCUGAUACUGUUACGUCUGUCGAACGGGCUGCUGUAUUUCAACAACCGUCACCAGCUGCUGCUGCUGACGUUUCUGAUGAUGAGACAGACCCGCACUCUGAGACUGCUGGCUAAUGGCACCAUCACACUGACACAACCGGAGGGAAUCAGAAUCAAGUUAAUCUACAACAAAAUCGAGAUUUCCGAGCCCCUCGUGGUUCUGCCUGACAUUCAAUUUAACGAGUUAUACCUGAAGAUUUCGGGAAUGAUCGUUAAUCUGGAUCAAAUCAACGACGACAUUUUGGUGAACAAGCUCAAGUACAAGGAUGAAGACGGUGACUUUGUGGUGAUGGAUCUGAAUGAUGACUGGAACUUGGCGGUGGACAUGUUGGAGGAAAUGGGUGAGGCUACGGUAGGAGGGGGCGAUGACUUUUAUUACGAUCUUUCGAUUUUCAUAGCGACACCCGAUCAUACCAAAGUAAGUGGGGUCGUGAUUGCUAAUGACCGCCACCAACGAAGUGAGGCUUUCCAAAAUGUAAGUGUUCGCUCAAUUGACCGUGUUGUGGCUAGAACGACGUGUACUAACAGCAGACCAUUAUCCCCUAAGCGGGGACAGCAGCUCGGAACCGCCGCUGCUACGUGGACCAAAAUCAAGCUGGUCACCAACGGUGUUACCGACGAGGCUGAUGGCAACGAAGACAGCGUCCAAUUGCCUUUGAUUGAUUAUGAUCCCAGCGGUGAGAUCUUUAUCGUUCACCCCCAAGUGAAUGUGGUUGAGGUGUGGGAUUGGGACCUGACUCUGGACGACCUCUGUCUUGCCACUAGGUCAAAGAUUGGCGGUAAAGCCAAAGGUACCAUCGAGUGUAUGCGGGUGAUGUCUAAUCUGAACCUCGCAAUUGCUCGUGACAACUACCUCGAGCUCCACACCGUUUACAUUGACCUGGACACCACCGACGUGGUGGCGACCAUCGAUGUGGGGGCUCAUAUUGUUCAUAUCCGCCGUGGUAGUGGCUGGAUCGUUGCAGGCGACGAGUAUGGCCAACUCCACAUAUUUGACGACUCAUUGAACCCCCAAGAUACCAAAUACUACACAUCAUUAGAUAAGCUGGGGACGCCUAUCUUUGACGUUCAGGGCGACUGGUUGGUCUAUUCGCCAGUGAGAGCGGAGCAUCUACGAUUGAAAGGCGAGGCUCGCCUGGGGUACAUGUCACGAAAUUUAACUCCUGUGAAGAUGCCUCCGCGAGGUCCGCUACUUGCUCGAGUGCUACUGCUGUUUUCCAAACUGGCUUUGGACGGCUUAAUUGCUCUUCUGCGGGCGCUGCUGAAGCGAAUAAAGCAUUUGGUCAACGAAGGCGCUGACUAUCGAGCCCUGCUGAUUUCAAAGCUGAUCGGUAACCUAUUGUACAGCACGGCUCUGCAAACGGCUCUGUCAAUUCAAAAGACUGCCGAUGCUCGCAAGCCUCAGGAUAACCAAUUAAUCAAAGUGAUUCAUUUAGGCACCAAUGCCACUAAAGCAGCAUUCCGCCCCCCUGGUGGGAUACUGGCGGUACUGCUUCUGCCAUACGACCUUCAGUUGAUUCAAGUUUCCCACCGUGGCGACACUUAUUACAUGUGGGACUUAUACCGCCUUCCAUUAGAAAUAUCUCUCGUGGGCAAGUUUACUAGAGGAAAAACCAAAGCAGUUGUCCACGACCUCACUUGGUACAUGACUCAAACUGAGCUGGGUGGUGUCAAUUGUGGAUUUGGACUGGUGCUGGAAGGGCUGGGAACCGUCCACUGGUUCAAUAUCAACUAUUUCUGGGGUCAAACCAAUAACCUCCCCGUUCGCUCAAAUAAACUGGGCCAGCCCCAAUUUGUCGAUGCUUGGCUUUUCCCUCUGGAGGAAGCUCAACGCAUUAUCACCUUACCCAAACAGCAUAAACUUGGAAUUUUGACCAAACUGGGGGCACUUAAAAUCGUGACUUCAAUCGAUGGCAGUCACUCCUACCAGUACGACAUCCCUCUAACUUUACCAGAGAAUUGGCAAGAUUACGACCGCGUGGUAUUUGACCAAUCUCCAGAGACUGUCGACACUACUGUCAAGUCGAAGGUGACCUCGAGUGACGCCAUCGCCCAAGCAGAAAUUAAUACGUGCUUUGCCUUUUUGAACCUUGUUAAUAACGACAACGUUGCUUUUGCCACAUUCGACGAGGCGGCUCCCAUUUGGGGAUCAACAGAGGUGACGAUCGUCAAACCUUUUGGGUUGAGUCCAACAAAGCCAGCUGCGCUGGAAAGUGAUGAGGUCGAUGUUCUUGGCGAUGUUGUUAUCGACCCUGAUCUGGUUGAGUGCUUAGCUCCUAUUCAAUGA